AGCGCCCGCCCUCCGGGCCGCGGCCCGGCCCCUUUAAGCGCAGGCCCCGCCCGGUCCGAGCCGCUGCCACCACCGCCGCCGCCAUCAUGAUCUGCCUGGUGCUGACGGUGCUGGCCCACCUCUUCCCGGCGGCCUGCGCCGGCGUGCACGAGCGCACCUUUCUGGCCGUGAAGCCCGACGGCGUGCAGCGGCGGCUCGUGGGCGAGAUCGUGCGGCGCUUCGAGAGGAAAGGCUUCAAGCUGGUGGCGCUGAAGCUGGUGCAGGCCUCGGAGGAACUGCUGCGUGAGCACUACGCCGAACUGCGCGAGCGCCCCUUCUACGGCCGCCUGGUGGACUACAUGGGCUCGGGGCCGGUGGUGGCCAUGGUGUGGCAGGGGCUGGACGUGGUGCGCGCCUCGAGGGCCCUCAUCGGGGCCACGGACCCGGCCGACGCGGCGCCCGGCACCAUCCGCGGGGACUUCUGCGUCGAGGUUGGCAAGAACGUGAUCCACGGCAGCGACUCGGUGGAGAGCGCCCGCCGCGAGAUCGCCCUCUGGUUCCGCGGCGACGAGCUGCUGUGCUGGGAGGACAGCGCCGGCCACUGGCUGUACGAGUAGCCCUGCCCGCGGGUCCCAGGGGCCGUCCGGUUUGCGACCCGCCUGGAAACGCACUCGGGCCAGCGCUGAGGCUGGCCGGCACUUGUGUUUACAAUAAAGUGAAGUGCUUAUGCUCACGUUGGUCUGGGCCCAGGGACACAGA